AUGACGGCGUCGGCGCGCACGGCGCAGACGUUGGAGGCGUCGCUCUCGGCGGCGAUCGGGGAGCGGGAGGCGUUCGAGGCGUUCGAGGCGUUCGCGACGACGCGCGGGUUGAAGCGAGAGUACUGCGGGAGCGAGAAAGCGUGGCCGUGCGAGGAAAGUGAGCGCAGGGCGAAGAUAUUCGCAGAGAAUUUUAGGGUUUUAAGUGAGUUGGAGGCAACGGCGUCGUUGGGCGAUGAAAGUAGGCGGCAUCAUCAUCAUCAUAACGACGGCGACGACGACGACGGCGAGCGCGACGAGUCAAAGUCGUCGAAGGUGUCCUCUCGGGUGAGGUUCGGGCCCAAUCUGUGGAGCGUCAGGACCAAGGAGGAGUUUGAAAAGAGUAUCGGAACGCUUAAACCAUCGCCCACUGAAGAGCGCGAUCGGAGUAAGGAGAAGAAGGAUGGCUGGCGCAGGAUGCACCAGGAGUUUCUCAGACGAAACGAAGACAUUUGGAAAAACGAGAGGAGCAGCGAGGGUGACUUGUUCGACGCCGAAAACCUUCCCACGCACUGGGAUUGGCGCGACGUCGGCGGAGUGGGCCGUGUGUGGGAGCAGGGCUUGUGCGGCGGGUGCUGGGCGUUCACCACCGCAGCGGCGGUGGAGGGUGUGCACUACAUUUGGACCAAGGAGCCGGUGACGCUGUCGCCGCAGAUGUUGUUAGAAUGCGAUCCGAUCGAUCAAGACUGCGUGGGUGGGAACAUGGUGACCGGAUACCAGUACGCGGUGAUGAAAGGCGGGAUAUCAGCCGCGGGAGAUUACCCAGUGCAUCCGUACACUUUGAAGACGAGCGAGGUUGGUCCGUGCAGAACGAACACGGCUCGGAAACACGCCGCCUCCAUCGACGACUACAUCAUACUGGAUAACGACUGGAAAGAUUUAAAGUCAGCCAUCUACAUGCAGCCGGUUUCCGUCGCUGUGAACGCGCUCGGCGCACCGUUUAGAUUCUACUCGGGAGGCAUAUUGACGUACGACGACUGCCAGCCAGACUGGAAUCGGUCGCCCAACUUGAUAAACCACGCCGUUGUGGCGGUCGGUUACGGACACGACGAUGAUAGCGAUUUAGAUUACGUCAUCAUUAAAAACUCUUGGGGGGAAAACUGGGGCGAGGGCGGGUAUGCGCGCAUCGCCAUUCAGGGCGAAGCGUACAACGCAACGUGCGGUCUCCUCAUCGAAGCCGUCGCGCCAUUGAAACUGAGCAACCUGACGUACGCCGAUCCGGAUUACAUUCAAGGCCUGGACGACUUCAUCGACUGGACGCCGAAGAUGGACGUGAACACGGUGGGUGGCAUCGUCUACGUCGUCCUGACAGCCGUCAUCCUCGUUGCCGCGCUCUCCAUGGGCGUCCUCACCGUCAUCUCGUGCAUGACGGAAGACGACGGAUACUACUACAGCGAUCUGGACUACGACGAGUAUGACAAACACUUCAAUGUCAAGGACCAAAAGUUCGGUUCCGAGCGCGAUCUCUCCGGGCUCUCCGUCGCUCGCGAGCGCUCUCGAUUCGAGGCCCACAGCGAACCGGUAACCGGUCUCGAGUACGCCGGUCGAUCCGGCCGAGAUCCAAGAGAUCAGUACGACGUUGUCCCCGUCCGCGACACACUCUAG